ACAGUGAAUGCAUCAAAGCUCCACGGAUAUGACGCAGCGGAUCCUGAAGUGACGUCUUUCAAAAUGGCGACGAUGGCGUCCUUGAUGUUGAGGUCCAGAACAGGUCUGCUACUGCCUGGCCAGUGUUUUCUUGUAGACUCUGUUAGGUUUGCUUCUAAGAAAGCUGGAGGCAGCAGUAAGAAUCAUGGUGGGAAAAGCCCUGGCCAAAGAUAUGGCCGCAAGAAACAUGAAGGAGCUUUUGUCCAUGCUGGUAAUAUCCUUGCAACACAGAGGGUUAUGAGGUAUCACCCCGGUGCACAUGUGGGGAUGGGAAGGAACAACACGCUGUAUGCUCUGGAGGACGGCCAUGUCCGAUUCACGAAGGAGGUGUACAUCCCAUCCCCUCGCACCUUUGAGGGCGCACAGGUCAUCCCGAAACUGCCAAGGGGGGCUGUGCUCUACAAGACUUUUGUCAAUGUCCUGCCAGUGAAACAGGAGGGAAAGUUUAAACUGGUGGACAUGGUCUGACAGCAACUGGGCUCCAUUAUGUCUCCUGUUUUUUUUCCUGGAAAGAAGGGUCAAGGAGGAAUUUCUUUGGGUGGGCUGACAUUGAAAAGAAGACUCAGCCAGCUUGACCAUCAGUCUUGACCUGAUGAGUGGUGGUUUCAGUUCAGAACCUGUACCCUGUGGUGGGAAAUUAAACCUGGCAAAAUGACACUCACUAAACAAAAUUUCCACUAUUUCAGUCCGUUUGUAGGUAAUUUAAACCGAAAGUGAAUGGUGGAAUGAAAGUGUUUUUCCGGAAUGUGUAUGAGUUUUAUUAACAACAUGUUACCAACUCAUGCUGUUGCUAAAAUCCACUCAUUACAGUCAGCUGUUGCUCAUUGAGAUCCUUCAUUGCUUUGUUGCGUCCUCUGUAUACCACCCUUUCUGGUUUGGUUGCCAGUGAAAAAAUCCAGAGGGUGUGCUGUACUUAUAACAAACUUAAAUGUAUAUGUUAAUAAAGUUUUAUAUGUUUUCUUUAUA